CGCGAUCAUGUUCAAUCGCAACAAUAUACCCAACCCGUUCGGAAGUGGCCAACAACAACCCCCGCCAUCGUCACGCCAGCAACCCCCACCAACCUAUCGCGACCAGAAGCCCUCGAGGCCAUCGGGCAGGGCAAUGAGGCUACGCCCAUACCAGCUGAAGGAAGCGGCCUUUGUCUUCGGCAACAUANNUGCGCCGUAUCACCCCAAGACUUCGCGCCGAGCACUGAUGGCAGCGACCUCUACCUCCUCAUCAAUGGUUUCUUCGUCAUCUCAGCUCGCAUCCUGCAGNGGUUUCCUGGCGGUCACAUUAGCAUGUCUGACCCCCAGCGAACAUGGAUGCAAAUCGCCCUCACCGACGAGAUUGACGUUCAACCCUACGAUCCCUUCUCGCAAGGCGCUUCAAGCUACCUGGGCAACCUCGACAUAGAAGUCGGCUUUGCCGGAAAGAAAUCAACCGAAACACCCUACGACCAGGACGAGCUCGCUGCAGGCUUUAUUCAAAACUUCCGCAAUCAAAUCUUUGCUCCUGGUCAACAGCUGCUCAUGGAUUACAAGGGAAUUCCUCUCCGUAUGACGGUCAAAGCAGUGGAACUGGUUGACUUGUCUAUGGAAAAGACCGAGUCCCAAGCUCCGUCGCCAGACCCGCGUUCUCGUGGUAUCUUGACCAAGGAGUCACAAAUCAACUACUACAAGGACGCAAAGACUGGCAUCAACAUCAAGGGCUCCAACCGCCGCCCAGCUGCCAACUCAGUCGUCCGACCAGACUUCAAGUUCGAGAACAUGGGCAUUGGUGGUCUCGACACUGAAUUCGCCGCCAUCUUCCGUCGUGCUUUCGCUUCACGCAUUUUCCCACCUGGCCUCGCUGACAAGCUCGGUAUCCAGCACGUUCGCGGUAUCCUCCUCUACGGUCCUCCUGGAACCGGUAAAACCUUGAUCGCUAGACAAAUCGGAAAGAUGCUCAACGCCAGAGAGCCAAAGGUCAUCAACGGUCCUGAAGUCCUUAACAAGUACGUUGGUCAAUCCGAAGAGAACAUUCGAAAGCUCUUCGCAGACGCCGAGAAAGAGUACAAGGAGAAGGGAGACGAAUCUGGCCUACACAUUAUCAUCUUCGACGAGCUGGAUGCCGUCUGUAAGCAGAGAGGUUCUGGAGCCGGCGGCGGUACUGGCGUUGGCGACAGUGUCGUCAACCAGCUGCUCUCCAAGCUCGAUGGUGUUGACCAACUGAACAACAUUCUGCUCAUCGGUAUGACCAAUAGAAAGGACAUGAUUGAUGAAGCUCUCCUCAGAUCUGGUCGUCUCGAAGUACACAUGGAGAUUUCGUUGCCCGACGAGCACGGAAGAGCUCAGAUUCUCAAGAUUCACACCACAAAGAUGCGCGAAAACAACGUCAUGGGCGACGACGUCAAUCUGCAGGAGCUUGCUCAACUGACACGCAACUUCAGUGGUGCGGAGAUCAGUGGUUUGGUAAAGAGUGCCUCAAGUUUCGCCUUCAAUCGUCACAUCAAGGUCGGAACACUGGCCGCAGUCGACGAAAAAACUAUCGUCAACAUGAAGCCUCUAUUUGGUGUAUCUGAAGAAGAGCUUGAUCGUUGUGUUGAGGGUGGUAUCAUCCACUUUGGCAAGCACGUCGACAGCAUCCUUGAGCGUGGUCGUCUGUUCGUCAACCAAGUUCGUUCUGGAGACACACCUCUACUGUCUGUUUUGCUCUAUGGUCCUCGUGGAAGUGGCAAGACCGCUCUAGCAGCAAAAAUGGCAUUGGACUCAGAGUUCCCAUUCAUCAAACUCAUCAAGCCGGUUGACAUUGUCGGCAUGAACGAGAUCCAGAAGAUUCAAUACAUUCAAAAGGUCUUCACGGACGCAUACAAGAGUCCUCAAAAUGUUCUCGUCCUUGACAACAUCGAGUUGCUCAUCGACUGGGUACCGGUAGGACCUCGCUUCAGUGCGAGCGUGCUUGCCGCCUUGAAGGGUAUGAUGCAGAACAAGCCGCCAAAGGGCCGACCCCUGCUUAUCUUCGCUACAACAUCCUCGCGCGGCGUGCUGCAACAGCUCCAGCUUGACUUCUCCGCACAGGUCGCAGUGCCUAACGUGCAAACACAGACUGAGUUGGCAGUCAUCAUGGAGCAAAGUGGUGUAUUCAGCGACUCUGACAUCAAUCGUGCUCUUGGAGAGGUCGAAGAGACGACAGGUUCCAAGACCAUCAAUGUCGGAGUAUCGAGUAUAUUGCUAGCCAUCCAGACAGCCAAGCAGGAUCAGGACAAGACUGGCAGAUUUGCUGAAGUGCUCAGUGAGAUGUGUGCGGAUAACGCGGUCAUG